AUGGAUUUACUGCAAAGUAAUGAAGAGCAAAAUCAGGUUUCUUUUGAAAAUGAAUUAGUUAAAACAGAGUCAUCACCUGUAAAUUUAUCUUAUGAAUUUGAAGAGCAAAAUUGGGAUUCUUUUGAAAAUGAAUUAGUUGAAAAAGAGUCAUCACCUGUAAAUUUAACUUAUGAAUCUGAAGAGCAAAAUUGGGUUUCUUUUAAAAAUGAAUUAGUUGAAAAAGAGUCAUCACCUGUAAAUUUAUCUUAUGAAUCUGAUGUGAUUAAAAUUUUUGAUGAUUCUUCUGAUGAAGAAAAUAAACCAAUGCCAGCUAUUUAUAGUAGACAAACUUUUCAAAUGUGGGAUGAUGCUGAAGCCUUUUUAAAACAAUACGGAUUGGGACAAGGUUUUAGUAUUCGAAAAAGACGUACUGAGUUAUGUCUUGAAGAUGGUAUACAAGUUUUGUGCAAAGUUACCAUUAACAAUUGUAAUCGUACUCGUCUGGUUGCAGCCGCUUUGUUAGAAGAUGAAACUGAAGACAGUUUUACCUGGGCUCUUACAAAUAGUACACAGCGAGUUGAAGGUUUUAAUAAAAAAAUCCACAAUAGUAUUAGGGCAAAUUCUUCUUUAAUUACUUUAGUUAAAGAAAUUCAGGAUGUGCUUGAUAGAGAAGUGGAAUAUGCUCGGGUAGAGGAAUACAAGCAUCAAAUACUAACUGUCAGACUUGCAACUAUACCAAAAGUCUUUUUUAAAUCUUUGGAUCCCAUUGUAAAUGAAUACCUUAUAGAACCAGUGUCAAUAAAUGUUCGUAAACAAAUGCAUGAAUGUUUUUUUUAUGAUGCCUAUAAACUUGAUAUUACUGAUUGGAGCUCAAUUGAAAGGGUAACAAAAAGUUCUAUUAAAAUCCAAGAAUCAUAUACAAGAAAACGUCAACGUACUGAUACUAAUAUCCAGUCAUCUAAUAUAACUUUACAAUCUGGUGAACCAAUUCAAGAUAAUAGAAAAAGAUGUCAAAAAUGUGGCCAAAAGGGACAUAAUCGAGCUAUCUGUAAAUCAGAAAAUGAAUCUUAA